GCCAGGGACCGCAAAGUGCUCGGUGACUACAGCGGAGCACUGAGCUAUGGCUCCACCGCCAAGCAGCUCAACAUCACCGCCCUGGUGCUCACCAUCGCCCUGCUCGCCCUCACCAUCCUCAUCGCCAUCCUCAUCGCCAACGGCACCAUCGCUGCCAUGAACAACUUCAGAUACGAGCAGGAGCAUCACCCCUUCUACGGCCCCACUUAG